UGAAAGAUAUUGUCCCUAUUGUUAAUUUCUUUUUUCUUGCAAGAAAGGAAUCCCUUUAACAGGUCAAAAAUUUGGAAAUGUUUAUUGCUAGGCUCUUGACUAGAAUUCCUACUCCACCUUGGUCCUGUUCAUUCUUUCAUUGAUUUAUUAACAUAAAGUAAGUCGUUAAACAAGAAAAAGUUUAAUGGUUUCUUGAUUGUUUUAGUUUCAAGGCAAAGGUGAUAUGGUCAAUGAUGUACAUAAAGUAAGCUUCAAAAGAAAAUAAUUCUGUAAAGGUUGAUGAAAGCUUGAUCGACAGAGAUUAUUGUGAAGGGGAGAAAAACACAAGAGAAGAGAUGACAGAAGGAAAAGGGUACUCAGAUGUGUAUAGAAACACAAGUGAAGAGUUGUUCUUGAAGUCCUUGAUGGAGAGUUCAGUUGGGAUGCCUGUUCCUAACAUGGAGAUGUUAGGAUUUAAGAAUAGUUCUUCUCAUUCUUAUCAUCACAGCUUUCGCACUGAUAGUGAAGAACUCUUCAAAAGCUGGCUUACAAAUGGAGAGAAUCCUGCCUAUAACUCAUCAAGUAUAGCACAUCGGACGCGGCAAGCAUCAAGGAGGAUGUCUACAGAACUAGCUAGUUUGAAUAAUCAGCAAGCUGGAGGUACAUCGCAAAAUAAAAGAAGCAAUGACGUAUUAUCUACACAGAAUAAUCUUGUGGCUGAUGGUACCUCCAGCGACUUCAAUCAGCAAUCUAUCAGGAAUUCUGUCGACAAAAAUAUGCAGGCUAGUAAUUUGUAUCUGGCAAAGGCCUGGUUUCAUAGUUCUCAGCCCAUGACAAGAAGUCGAUCCUCUGAACUCCGGAAGAGAUAUGCUGCUAUGCAAGGAUCUCAGACAACUUUAGGGAACAAUAUCAGCAAUCUUAAACAAGAAUUUGCUGAUCCAAAUGGUUUUAGCGACCCUUCUAUGCAUGGCAUUUCCAAUCAAUUGGGAACAUUCAUGUCUCCAUCCAAUUCAUCUUCGUCUACUUUCAAUACCCCGCAAAUGGGAGAUGUAGAUAAAGUUUCUUCUGUUGUGAGCAUGCUAAAGGGUGCGCUGGAACGCAAGAAGCUCAGUAACCAAAUCGAGAAAGAAACUAUUGAAGACAGUACAAAUGCAAUUUAUCACUCUCAAGAAAUUUUAAUGGACUCUAGCUUUAAUCAAGGAGAAGGAAACAACAUUCAUGAGAUUCCACACGGUUAUCAAGAACUAUCCUCUGGCCAAGUUAAUGAUGCUAGACUUUUUCAAGCAGUUCAGGAACCCAUAGAUCUUGACCUGGAGGGCUUUGUAAAUCCCAUGAAUCCAAUUCAGUUGAGCACAGUUUCUCGAGAAGCGUCUCAAAGCGAAUCUUCUGCUGCUGCCCCAGUAGUUUCAUGUGGUUUUGAUGCAUGUGAUGGUCCCAGCAACUCAAGUCAAACACUAAGCAUGUGUGAAAGCUCAAGGAAACAAGUUGGAAAUAACAAGGGUCCAGAAAAUGGCUCUAGAGCCAAGGAUAUCAGAGAACGGAUAAUUGAAAAUUUGAAGGAUGAUCGAAAGAGGGGAAGCCUGGUUCGACAUGGGUCUGUGACAUCAGCUGGUUCAGUGGACAAGGGUGACACAACAAAAAAGCGCAGGGUGGAGCGCUCGCGAAAAAUGGCAGAGGCAAAGGAAAGAAAUUUAACACCAGCAGUUCCAUCUGAUAUGGAAUCUGUUUUGAAGAGGUGCGAAAACCUUGAGAAGGAAGUACGGUCACUCAAACUCAACCUUUCUUUCAUGAAUAGGAAGGAUUCUGAACAGACUAAGCAGAUAGAAGAGCUUCAGAAAAAGAACGAGGAGUUGGCAGAUGAAAAGGAAAGACUUCUCGAAGAAAUCGAGAGGAUCCUCUCAGAAUCAGGCAGAAUGUGAAACUUGUUCUUCAUAGGACUAUAUUGCCCACCUCAUACUGGUGUACAGCAGCAACUCUGGCAUAAGCUGCAACAUUUUCCAAAUAUAAUCUCAAGUACAGGGGAAAAAAGAGGUGUUAAGCAUAGACUUGUUAGCUAAUUAUAUAUGUACGAGUGUUAUUUUCUUGAAAUCUUUGGCCGACUAUAAGGAUGAAAAGUUUCCACACGAAGCAGUAGAAUGCAAAUUUCAAACUUGACACUAUUAGGUGGAUUAUAUUAGUUUCUAUGGAAAGAAGAAUCAAUUGAUAUUAUAAAAUAAAACAUCAGCUAAAUCAA